AGCGUAUGGUACAGUAUGAAGUCUGUAAUCCAGAUCAGCUUGUGUCUUGUCCUUAUAUCGGUUUACGCAAAAGGCGAUGGAGUUCCUCCGUCAUUCAAAGCAAAACUUCAACAACACCUUCAAAGUUCUCGUUGGUUUUGGAAACUGGCUGGAUCCCGUGUUAAGACUGUACAUCCUGUUUCCUUCGAAGUGAAUGUCGUCUCCAUAUAUAAUGUGACGAAAAUAUCUAAAGGAGUAUUUCAAAACGGUAAUAAGUACAGAGACUGUGCAACCAUACUAAAGAAAAAUCCAGGACGAAAAGGAAAGGAUGGUCUAUAUAUAAUUUACCCGGAUGGAAAACGAAAAAAGAGCGUAUACUGUGACAUGACAACAAAAGGAGGGGGCUGGACGGCCAUACAAAGAAGACAGGACGGGUCAACAGAUUUUUACAGGACGUGGUCAGAGUAUAAACAAGGAUUUGGUGAUCCCUCUAAAAAUUACUGGAUUGGAAAUGACGCCAUCUCUGAUCUGACUAAGAACAAGGACCAGGAACUCCGGGUUGAGCUACAGAGGUUCAAUGGAGACAAAGCAUACGCUCAGUACUCCACGUUUUAUGUCUUGGACGAAAGCAGUAAAUACAGACUCACUGUGACGGGGUAUUCAGGAACCGCAGGUGACAGUUUAAAACGUCACAAUGGUAGUAAAUUCACCACUAAGGAUCAGAACAAUGACAGUGGCGGUAACUGUGCAAAAUCAUUUCACGGAGCCUGGUGGUACAACAACUGUUACAACUCAAACCUUAACGGACAGAACGCCAAGUCUGCCGUGUCUAAUACUAAAUGCAUGGUAUGGCAGGGCUGGAAGGGUAAUGAAGCUCUAAAAAGGACUGCGAUGAUGAUCAGGCACAAAAACUAAAGAAUUUUAUAAUGCAUAAUAAGUCCUGAGAAAAAUGCAUCGGCAUCGGUCGUACAAUAAACCUGCAAUACACGA